AGAUGAGGCUCUCAAACUCGGAACUGCUUCAACAUCGGCAUGCAUCUAGGGCCGUGUAUGCAUGCAAGAUCUUCCCCUCCCCGGCAUGGCUACUUGGCUUCUGCUCCUGCAGAUCUUGAUGCUGCGUUCUUUGUCGAUGCUUUCUUCUUUAGCGUGCUCUUGAUCUUUGCGCUAGCUUUCCUUGAUGGGAUAUGACGAUCUUGGGAACUGCCAUGGUGAACCUUUUGUUCCUGGUGUAGAUCUAUGCAUAUAUAUGGCCGUCUCUCUUUCUGUCUCUGUGUUGUCUUCUCCGUUGGCUUCGACCUCAGGGCCUUGCGGCCUUUAAUUCUCCCCUGCUUCCGCUUUUAAUCCUCGAAAGGAGCACACAGGCGCACGGACCCCUUUUCUUUUUCUCCUUUGUUCCUCACUUUCUUUCUUAUCCUUUCCUCUCAUCCUUUUCAUCUCUCUUUUCUCUUAGCUUUUCCCCCUCCCUCUUCCCCAGCACCUUGCAUCAAAAGAGUAGCCAUGUCUUGGAUGAUGUAGCAUGCAGCACGGCAGUACUGCCAAGCCACAAGCACAACCCUACAAACAAAGUUGUGUUUUGUGUGGUGGGUCUAGGGCUCGUGAAGCCCAUGGAGGAGAUGAUCAUGACUGCAAACCAAAAUCCUAAUGCGAAUCAGAAUCCACCACCAGCGCCGGCAACUGGUGCUGAAGCCCAGAGAGCCGCCGGUCCUAAUCCGCCGGCGGCAGCAGCGGGCGCGGCGUCAGCCGGUGCGGGAUCCACGGAGCGGAAGGCGCGGCCGCAGAAGGAGAAAGCAAUCAACUGCCCGAGGUGCAACUCCACCAACACCAAGUUCUGCUACUACAACAACUACAGCCUCCAGCAGCCGCGCUACUUCUGCAAGACGUGCCGGCGCUACUGGACCGAGGGAGGCUCCCUCCGGAACGUCCCGGUCGGCGGCGGCUCACGGAAGAACAAGCGGUCGUCCUCAGCGGUCGUGUCGUCCGCGGCGGCUGCUGCCGUCUCCACCUCCGCGGCGGCUUCCGGGACGAUCCCCGUCGGGAUGGCGGCCAAGAAUCCGAAGCUGAUGCAUGAGGGCGCGCACGACCUGAACCUGGCGUUCCCGCACCACCACGGCCGCGUCCUGCACCCGUCGGAGUACGCCGCGUUCCCUAGCCUGGAGAGCAGCAACGUCUGCAACCCAGCGGGUGCCAUGGCGGCCAACGGCACGGGCGGCAGGGGCAUGGGCGCGUUCUCGGCGAUGGAGCUGCUGAGGAGCACAGGCUGCUACGUUCCGCUGCCGCAGGUGCAGCUAGGGAUGCCUCCGGAGUACGCUGCUGCGGGGUUCGCGCUUGGCGAGUUCCGCAUGCCACCGCCGCAUCAGCAACACCAGCAGCAUCAGCAGCAGCAACACCACCAGCAACAGCAGCAACACCAACAGCAGGUUCAGAACAUGCUCGGAUUUUCGCUGGACACGGGAGGAGGUGGUGGCGGCGGUGGGGGUUAUGGCGCUGGGUUGCAGGGGACGCAGGAGAGCGCAGCAGGCAGGUUGCUGUUCCCCUUCGAAGACUUGAAGCCGGAGGUGAGCGCUGCUGGAAGAGGUGCAAGCGGCGGUGGCGGGGAUCAGUAUGAGCACAGCAAGGAACAGGAAGGUGGUGGUGGCGGCGGCGGUCAUGAAACCCUCGGGUUCUGGAAUAAUGGCAUGAUCGGAAAUGGCAGCAGCAAUGACGGCGGCGGUGGCGGUGGUUCUUGGUAGGUUGGUGCCAGCUACGCGCGUGGCGCCGCCUUUAACAUUCAUGCAUGGCUCAUGCACGCGCGGUUGUCAGCAUGUGAAGAUGAUAGAUCGAGAUAGAGACAAGGAGUUAAUAAGCGGUGGUGGUGAUUAGUGUUACAUAUGGCGUUUUAUCUCUCUUCAAUUGGGGUUUGGUUUUCCUACUGUUCUUGGUGUUCCUUCUUAAUUUCUUCCUGUUUGUUCAUGUGUGUGGUGAUCGACUUGGGGGCUAACACAGAUUAAGUAAGGAGUGAUGAACUAGUGAUAUAAAGCUUUCUAUUUAUCUUAA